UUUCUUAAAAUUGGCUGAAGAAAUUACAUCACUGUAGCCACCUGAUUGUCAAAUUUGGAAAUAAGCUAACUUUUUCAUUUUCAUAAUUUGGGUUCGAGUCGGAAAAUAAUGUGUUGAAAAUCAAACUGAAAGACAUUCUCAUGGAGCAUUUAUUAAAAGGAAAAUUUGGUCGAAUUGUAAUAUGCACUUAUUCCAACAAUCCACUGAAAUAUGGCCCUCAGAAACAUUUUCAAAGAGGAAUAUGUAGUGUAUGGGGAGGCAGAGCUGUGGACCGAUCGCGGUCCUUACUGAAACAGCAGUAUCUGUAUCAAAGAAGGGAAUAUGGAAUGUUGAUCGUUAGAGCUCUUCGAGGCGUACUUAAAAUAAGAUAUCUGCUGUUAGGAGGAGCUGUGGCGGGUGGAGGAGCUUUACAGAAGAAAUAUAGUGAAUGGAAAGAUGGAUUACCAGAUUUGAAGUGGCUAGAUGAUGUUCUUCCUGAUAAUGAUAAAUGGCAACAAUGGAGAGGCAAUUUGGUUGAAUUUAAGGAUAACAUCAAAAACAAUGUUCAAAUGGAUCCUAAAAUAAAAGCUUUGUCUGAGGCCAAGUAUAAAGAAUUUCGAAAUUGGUUUGACCAAAGAUUGGAUGAUGCUAUUGCAGCUGCAGAGGCUCAUGGACCUGCUGUGCCAGCAAUUGAAGGUGGUUUUAAUGCUGUAUACGAGUUUUUAGACAGACUGUACUCAGAGAGUAAAGAGGAUAUAAAAAACAAAACUGUAGUAUAUGCAAAACCAUUUGCCAGAUCUGAGUCUGACGAUGAAAAAUCCAGAAAAGAAACUCAGGAUAGGCUGAACCUCAUCCAGGAUGAGAUGAUGCAGACUCAGAUAAAGUACCAGCGAGAAUUAGAACGUUUAGAAAAAGAGAACAAAGAGCUGAGAAAACAGAACCUGUUGCUGAAACAGGGCAAGAAACCAAUCACUAGGAAAAUAAAACGCAGCCUCAUUGACAUGUAUAGUGAGGUGCUGGACGAACUAGCAGAUUUUGAUAGUGGAUACAAUACUCAGGACCAACUGCCCAGGGUUGUCGUUGUAGGAGACCAGAGCAGCGGCAAAACCUCUGUUUUGGAGAUGAUUGCCCAGGCGAGAAUAUUUCCAAGAGGUGCGGGUGAAAUGAUGACAAGAGCUCCAGUGAAAGUAACCCUUUCAGAAGGCCCUUAUCACAUAGCCCAGUUCAGAGACUCGACCCGAGAAUUUGAUUUAUCUAAAGAGUCUGAUUUGGCUGAUUUGCGCAGGGAAGUUGAACUUCGGAUGAGAAACAGCGUGAAAGGUGGCAAAACUGUGUCAAGCGAGGUCAUUUCAAUGACAGUUAAAGGUCCGGGACUUCAGAGAAUGGUUUUAGUUGAUUUACCAGGUAUAAUCUCGACGCAGACCACUGAUAUGGCAGCUGACACAAGGGAAAGCAUCAAACAAAUGACUCAAGCAUACAUGAACAAUCCCAAUGCCAUCAUUCUUUGUAUACAGGACGGUUCUGUAGAUGCAGAGAGAAGCAACGUAACAGAUUUGGUAGCUACCUGUGACCCAGGUGGGAAGAGAACAAUUUUCGUUCUGACAAAAGUUGAUAUGGCUGAGGAAAAUUUAACUGAUCCCAAUAGAAUCAGGAAGAUAUUGUCUGGUAAAUUAUUUCCAAUGAAAGCAUUAGGAUAUUUUGCUGUUGUCACAGGAAGAGGACGCAAAGAUGAUUCCAUACAAACCAUUAAAGAAUAUGAAGAACAGUUUUUCCGAGGAUCAAAAUUAUUCAAAGAUGGAGUAGUAAAAUCAACCCAAGUCACGACUCGCAAUUUGAGUCUUGCCGUUGCAGACUGUUUUUGGAAAAUGGUAAAGGAAACUGUCGAACAACAAGCCGAUGCUUUCAAAGCGAGAAGAUUCAACUUGGAAACGGAAUGGAAAAACAAUUUUCCCAGGUUACGAGAGCAAGACAGAGAUGAGCUAUUUGAGAGAGCUAGAGGUGAAAUUUUAGACGAGAUUAUUAAUUUAUCUCAAGUUAGCCCUAAACACUGGGAGGAAUGCUUAUUGAAUAAGAUUUGGGAAAAAGUUUCAUCUCAUGUCUUCGAGAAUAUUUAUAUUCCUGCAGCGCAAAGUGGAUCAGCAGAAACUUUCAACACAGCCGUCGAUAUAAAAUUGCGACAAUGGGCAGAGACAGAAUUACCCGCACAGUCUGUCGAAUCUGGAUGGGAAAGCCUGCAGUCUGAAUUCCAGAAAUUCAUGCAGAAAGCUGAGUCUGCUCCUGAUCAUGAUGACAUAUUUGACUUGCUCAAACAAGCAGUGGUCAAUGAGGCCAUGCAUAGGCAUUCUUGGGAAGACAAAGCAUCAGAAAUGCUUAGGGUAAUUCAACUGAACACUCUUGAAGACCGUACAAUAGGUGACAAGAGGGACUGGGAUGAAGCUAUUAGAUUCUGGGAGUCGAGCUUGAAGGAAAAAUUGAAAGAUAGCGAACUUAUACUCAAGGAUAUUCUUGGUCCUUCCACUAAAGAAAGAUGGUUGUAUUGGAAGUAUCAGACUGAUGUUCAGGCAAAGAGGAGGAGUGUUAAGAGUGAAUUAGAUAAAAUAUUGUAUUCUAAUGAAAAACAUCCACCAAAGCUUAGCUAUGAUGAAUUAACCACAAUAAGAAACAACCUUCAGCGAAGUAACAUUGAGGUUGAUAAUGAAUUUAUACGUGAAGUUUGGGAAGCUGUACAUAGACGUUUUUUCCUGAACCAAGCUUUGCUGAAAGCCUAUGACUGCCGAAAAUCGUUUUAUUUGUACUACCAGCAGGCUGAUGUAGACUGUUCAGACGUUGUUUUGUUCCAUAGGAUACAGCAGAUGAUGAAAGUCACUUCCAAUGCCCUUAGACAACAAAUUACAAAUAGAGAAGCUCGACGACUUGAUAAAGAAAUAAAAGAAGUUUUAGAGGAUUACAGUCAAGAUUCUAAUAAAAAAAUCGCUUUGCUUACUGGCAGGAGGGUAACGUUAGCUGAAGAAUUAAAAAGGGUACGUCAGAUCCAAGAAAAGUUAGAAGAAUUCAUACAAGCACUCAAUAAAGAGAAAUAAUAACUAGUUUGACUUAUUUUAGGUUCCAAAUGUUCUUUGAUGCUAUCGUUUUAUUUGACCCCAAAAAGAGUCUUUUUUUAAGUUUUUUUUUUAUAGACCUUUGAAAGUGCUAAUAACUGCAAGUUGAGAAUUUAUGAAGUAGUAUUCAAUAUUUAUAUAUUUUUUACAAUAUAUUGUUAUCCUCUGAACCCUUAUUGCGUUGAUAUUAUUCUAUAUUGUUUUUAUAUAAUUCAUAUCCAUCAAAAUGUAUCAAAUUUUGUAAAAUACUUUCAUACCAAAAUACCAAACCUAUUUGA